GGUCCUGAUUUGUCGCGUUGACUUUUUAGGAACUGUGGGGGUGGAAAAAGUGAAGAUUUAGAGUCGGAGAUGCCGCCUGACGGCGAACUGGCUCCGUUGGAGCAGUCGGCGGUGAAGAGGAAGACAACUCAGUCAUGUCGGAAUUGGAUUUCCAUAGACGUCAAGGGGAAAAAAACAGAGCUUGGUACAGACAAAUACAAGAUUAUGGACCGUGUCCAGAUCCACGCUCGCGAUCUCCGGAUCCUCGACCCAAACCUUUCUUACCCUUCUGCUAUUCUAGGUCGAGAGAGAGCCAUUGUUCUUAACUUAGAGCAUAUCAAGGCGAUUAUCACUGCCGAAGAGGUUUUGCUUAGGGAUUCAACAGAUGAAAAUGUUAUUCCCGUCCUGGAGGAGCUUCAGAGACGCUUGCCUGUUGGAAAUGAGGCACACCAUGGUCAAGGAGAUGCUGAAGCUGGCGAGGAAGAAGAAUCCCCGUUUGAAUUCCGGGCGCUAGAGGUGGUUUUGGAAGCUAUUUGUAGUUUCCUUGCUGCAAGGACAACAGAACUAGAGAGCUAUGCUUAUCCUGCUUUGGAUGAACUUACCUUGAAGAUAAGUAGCCGUAACUUGGAUAGGGUUCGUAAAAUGAAGAGUGCCAUGACCCGAUUGACAGCUCGUGUCCAAAAGGUUACGGAUGAGCUCGAACAGUUGUUGGAUGAUGACGACGAUAUGGCUGAUCUCUAUCUUUCAAGGAAGCUUUCUGGUGUAUCUUCAUUGAUUAGUGUUUCUGAUGAACCCGUUUGGUAUCCUACGUCCCCAACAAUAGGUUCCAAGAUUUCCAGAGCAAGUAGAGUGAGAGCCACGGUUUGUGGGGACGAUGAAAAUGAUGUUGAAGAACUUGAAAUGUUGCUCGAGGCAUACUUUAUGCAAAUCGGCAGCACUUUGACCAAAUUAACCGCGCUACGCGAGCAUAUUGAUGGCACAGAGGACUGUAUUAACAUUCAGUUAGACAAGCAUCGAAAUGACCUGAUUCAGUUAGAGCUUAAGUUAAGCUCUAUAACCGUCUGUGUAUCGGUGGCCUCUCUGAUCGCAGGAAUAUUUGGUAUGAACAUUCCCUACACAUGGAACGACGACCAUGGAUACAUGUUCAAAUGGGUGGUUAUUGGCACAGGGGCGUUUUGCACAAUCUUGUGUGUGAUUAUACUAUCGUAUGGUCGGUUCAAAGGGCUUGUGGGAUGUUGA